AUGUAAAUGCAUAAAUAUUCAUGUACCCCAAUAUACAUAUCCAAUCUCAAAGGGUAAACUUUAUGUUGAUUCUAUACUUACACCUGAACAUAACCAUAAAAAUAAAAUCCCCGGAGAGGUCCAUAUAGUGGGUUCUUAAUUCUACUGCAGCAUUUCAAAGGCCUCAGAAGGUUUGGAAAAGGAGCAUGAAUACUGGGUUAAGCAGAACAGAAAAUGUAGAAAGGUUGACCCAGGGCAGUGUUGUUUGUGAAUAAUGCUACUGCCGCUGAGGAGUUUAGGACUAAGGACCUUCAGUGUUUCCUUUGAAACUGGGUUGCCAAUAUCGUUCUGAGAAAAGAGACUUUGGCAAUCUGAAGAUACAGCCAGAUUUUGCUUUGGAAACAAAUACCCAGAGUCCAAAGUCAUUGCUUUAAAUUGUGUUUCUAUACUCACGUUGCUGUAUGGGGCGUGAUUCUCCCCGAAACAAUGGUAAGCUAUUCUUCUCUGGAAAGAAUACCCUAGGAGUAUGUCAACUGCCACUCAUUAAUCAUUGCAGAUCUGAGUAAAUCAUUGGCAGUGUAUAAAUAUUUAUAUGAAUUUAUGAAUGUAGGACUGUGAUAUAUAAAAUGCUUGUACUUCCGCCUAUCAUAUCACUUGGGCUUUGUAUCCAAGCAGCUGGAUUGCUGGGCCUCAGCUGUCCCAUGGCUCCUGCUCUUUUGCCUGCCCCCCUUCCUCUGUGUGUGUGUCUGCUGCUGGCAUCUGGCCUUGCCCAGGCAGGCAAGCUGCUGGUGGUGCCCAUGGAUGGCAGCCACUGGUUUACCAUGCGGUCGGUGGUGGAGAAACUCAUCCACAGAGGAAACGAGGUGGUUGCUGUCAUGCCAGAGGUGAGUUGGCAACUAGGACAGUCAUUGAAUUUUACAGUGAAGACUUAUUCAACUUCUUACACCCUGGAGGACUUGGAACAUGAAUUCAAAGUUUUUGCUGAGAAUCAAAUGAAAAAUCAUGAUGAAGGUUUACUGUCUGCAAUAUUGAGUACAUACAAAGGGUUUUUUGAACUACAUUUUACACAUUGUAGGAGUUUGUUUAAUGACAAGAAAUUAGUGGAAUUCCUAAAGGAGAGCUCUUUUGAUGCAGUGUUUCUGGAUCCUUUUGAUGUGUGUGGCUUAGUUAUUGCCAAAUACUUUUCACUUCCAUCCGUGGUCUUCACCAGGGGAGUGUUCUGCCAUUAUCUUGAAGAAGGUGCUCAGUGCCCCAGUCCUCUCUCUUAUGUUCCCAGAAUUUUCAUGAAGUUUUCAGAUGUCAUGACUUUCAAGGAGAGAGUAGAGAACUAUAUAAACCACUUGGGGGAGCAUUUGCUUUGCCCAUAUUUUUUCAAUACUGCCUUGGAAAUUGCCUCUGAAGUUCUCCAAACUCCUGUUACACCAUAUGAUCUCUUCAGCCAAGUAUCUAUUUGGUUACUACGAACUGACUUUGUUUUGGACUAUCCCAGACCUGUGAUGCCCAACAUGAUCUUCAUUGGUGGAAUCAACUGCCAUCAGAGGAAGCCACUGCCCAAGGUACGUUGUGUCUCCUUUGGCACACAGAGGAAAACUGGCUUUGGGCGUUAAGAAAGAUUCCUUACUGAGCUGUGACUUGUUAUUUGCAUUCAUUGCAUCUGGAAUUUCUUCCUGGGUUAACAAUUGUUUUGUGCCUGUUCCUUAAUCAUGGGUUAGCAAAUUUUAUAAAGCUGGCCUCGUUGAUAUUGAUGUGCAUAGCAGUGAUGGAAUUUAUGUCAUUUCUAAGCUCUGUUUCUAGUAGUGCUUCAGAAGAACCCUGAGAAACACAUUAGGAUGUGAACCUUUCACUUUUGCCAAUCCUAUAGGAAAGUGUUCUGAGCAGUUUUGUCUGUAUUUUUUCCUGUUUUGAAAUUACUGUAUAUGUAUUCAUGCAUCUACUGCAAACUUUGCACCUGUUUUAUUAAAUAAUAUC